CACUACCUCCAUACACACGGUGCUUCAGCACCACAAUUGGUAUCUACGCCUCUUUCUUGGGGACCCGCUAUUGGGUCCGACGCUUCCGCUUCUGAAGUCGCAAUUCUGCGAUUCUCCCAGUCUGCCUAUGGCGCUGCACGGCCACGGCCACUGAUGACGCCGGCAUGGACACGGAGGAGGAGGACAACCGCCCUACCCCUGCACCCAAGCGCCAGAAGCGCGCUGACGGCUCUGGUCCGUCGGCCGCUGUGACCGAGAUCGCGGAUGGCUCUCUGCCGUGCCCGCCGCGCACGUCGGACGAGACGAAGUUUGGCGUGUCCGAGGCUAUCCUCAAGGCUCGCAAGGUGGAUGGUCUCUGCUUUGUCUGCGGCAAGCCUGGUCACUCCGUCAAGGCCCACGUGGGGUAUGACAACUGGCAGACGGUGGUGCGGAAGGGAGGUCAGGGGGGCCGUGGCCGCGGUCGCGGCUGUGGUCAGGGCGGUGGUCGCGGCAACAAGGGGGGUCGCGGCGGCGCCGCCGGCAAGGCGGGGGGCCGCAAGUAGGGGGUUGCCCAGGGGAUUUGCGAGGAUGAUCCUGGGUGCGCACUUCUGAUGCGUUCUUUGCCCUACACCACUCUGAAGAACACUCGAGCUUUGCUACCUGCUGCAGUGAAGCGUAUCGAAGGCGCUGUUGGGCGCGAGCUGACGUUUGACGGUCGCCUACGGCGUGCUGGCUUCGGUGCCGAGUGUAAUCUUUACGAGUU